AUGCGGUCUCACCGCUCCAUCCCGAAACAAAAACAUGUAAAACGCGUGUCGAGGCUGGCGCAGCUCCUCCCUCGACUCCGCUCCUGCUGCCAAGGUGACUGUGCUGGGAUUGUGCAUUUCCUUGCGGCAGUGCGACCGGGCGAGACUGACCCAUAUAUGCUGAAGGUCGGAAAAAGCACGCUGUGUAUGCAGGAGCACAACAGUCGAGCGAACGGCUGCUUGGGUCGCGCCCUUCGCCGAUACAAGCACUGCGCCGUGGAAAAGGCAUCGGGCUGGCGCGCAAUGAAGGUCCUGUUGUUCACCCACGAAGCACACGCUCCGGGAAUUCGAAAGCGGAUUCCACUCCAUCGCUUACCAGACAUACUCGCCCGAAGCACCGGUCUCGCUCUAACUGGGAAGUCUACCAUGGAGCCAACGUUCCCGAGCUCCUUUCUUUGGCUGACCGCCUUUUCCGACUCUCCAGAGCUGAGUUCCUGCCGAUGCGCGCGGAGGCCUGGCAGCACUGGACCGCCAACAGCACCGACUUCUUCUGCCCGCCCGAGCCACGGCCAGCCCUGUGUUGUAACAUCAGCAAGGUGGAGGAUCUGCCGCAUUUGGCAGGAGUGGCAGGAGCGUGGGUUGCCAGUCCUCCGAGGAAACGACAUACAGUACCCAUUGAACACCUUAUUUCGGAAAUGCCGGGGCAAGCUGUGGAAGCCUGCCGUCGGCAGGUCCCCGACCGAGCCCGCCCGCUUCCAGCCCCAGUUCCUGAUCCGCUUUGACGCUCUGCGCCCUGACCUCGAGGCUAAGCUCCGCACCCAGCUGAAGAUGCCGCUUGAAGUCACGGAGCCUGUCGUGCUGCGCCGCCCGGCGGCCAACACUGGCCGCUGA